CAACAUUGUGUGUGUUAUUUUAAAAACAGUCGUACAAAAACAUUAGGUACGUGGUGGAUUUGGACUGUGCUGUGUUAGUAUAAUAUUUAUAUAUUAAGUUUUUCAUCGGGUUUUGUCCCGGUCGUAUAUUGGAGCCGCGGACACCAUGAUGAAACAACUGGCCGGUGGAGUCCUCCGGGGGGGAGCCCGCUCAUUGGCUGCUGGAGCCUAACCGCCAUUGUGAACGUGUUACGUCACAGCACGGAUGUGUAUGUGUGUGUGUGUGAGAAAGAGAGAAGGGGGGCAGUGAGGAGUGUGUGUGUGUGUGUGUGUGUGUGAGUGUGUUUCACCGAGUGUGAGAAUGGAAACGUGAUCGAAAAGGUGCAAGAAGUGAAGGAAAAAAAAACAACAACAAAAAGGUGGGAAGAGAAAGUCUCGGCGCGGGGAUCACGCACGCGAAACAUUUUUUUUUUCUCCCGUAAACUUGCUGAGAGUUGUGCUUUACCGGCGCGCGAGCCGGUCUCUGUGUGUGUGUGCUCGAGGUGGGAAGAAGCGAGAGAAAAAAAAAAAACCCUCCGGGAUGGCGGACUCCCGCGCCCCUCGCGCUGGCGGCCCAGGAAUCACGCGCCAUUGAAGGGGGUGAUAUUGUGCAUGCGCUUUGGCUUCGCCUGCGUGCACGCUCGGGUCGGUCGAUGCAGGCACACUGGCGUGGCUCUCGGCCUCCAUUUGCCAGUUUGUGUUUAUGUUCGAGGGAUUCGCCGAGACGACGGCUGCGACGACGACGACAACGCGCAACAGUUGGAGUUUCACCGGGAAGCGUCUCGGUUUAUCACCGCGAGAGGCCACGAGGCAGUCAGCCGAUGUCGAAAGGUACCAAAUGAAGUUGGACUACCAUAGCCUAUAGUGAUGCCUGCCACAGAGCCCACACCCAUGGAGGACCCCCAUGCAUCUGAGGAUGAGAAGGGGAAUUUGACUCACACCCCCUCCUCACUUCCUCUUACUACCGUCCUUUCUUCAACUCCUCCUGCUCCGACCACUACGGGACCUAAUUUCACUAACAAGGCCGAGAUUGAGUCAAAAGCCAUAUCCAUGGCAAGUAAUGACUGCAGCUCGGCUCUCUCUUCACCUGCUGAAGCCAGCCCAGCCAAGCCUGCUGUGUCAUCACCUACCACAUUUGAUGGGACCAUUGAAAUAAGCCCAGCUACCUCACAUAUGGCAUCAGCAUCAGACUCUCUACUGUGCAAAGGGACAAGCCUUGUCAACAUAGAAUCCUCACCAUCGUUGCCUGUGUUGCCAUGUCAUAUAUUUGGCAGUCCAGACCAGAAUGCAGACUUUCCUACUGUGCUGACCUUCAAAGGUGUCAGUGUGAGUCUGGAGAAUAACAAUGUGUGGAAGCAGUUUUACAGCUGUGGGACUGAGAUGAUUCUCACUAAACAGGGGCGCCGCAUGUUCCCAUACUGCCGAUAUCGCCUGGCAGGCCUAGAUCCUGAGCGGAAGUAUAGUCUGGUCCUGUCCAUAGUUCCAUUGGACCAUUCCAGGUACCGCUGGAGCACGUCCAAAUGGGAGGUUCACGGGCCAGCAGAAAACCAGACCCAGGGUCUGAUCAGGGCGCUUUCCCACCACUACUCGCCACGCCGAGGCUCGGAGUGGAUGGCAGGCUUGGUGUCCUUCUACAAAAUCAAACUGACCAAUAAUCCCCAAGACCUGGAGGGUCACAUAAUCCUACACUCCAUGCAUCGCUACAUUCCAAGGCUACAUGUGAUACCUGUCCCGGAUGGGGACGUACCCUCGCCUGAAAAGCCUGUGAUUACGGGACCAGAAAGCAUGACCUUUACUUUUCCACAAACCCAAUUCAUGGCUGUGACGACUUAUCAGAACUUUCGGAUCACCCAGCUGAAAAUUAAUCACAAUCCUUUUGCAAAAGGCUUCAGGGGUGAUGGGAAAUACCCCCGUGUGAUAACAGCUGCCACAGUCAUGGCUCAACCUCUGGUGAAGAUGGAAGCCGCGGCAGAUCAACCUCUGGUGAAGAUGGACACCGCGGCAGAUCAACCUCUGGUAAAGAUGGACACCGCGGCAGAUCAACCUCUGGUGAAGAUGGACACCGCGGCAGAUCAACUUCUGGUGAAGAUGGACACCGCGGCAGCUCAACCUCUGGUGAAGAUGGACACCGCGGCAGCUCAACCUCUGGUGAAGAUGGACACCUCGGCAGCUCAACCUCUGGUGAAGAUGGACACCACGGCAUCUCAACCUCUGGUGAAGAUGGACACCGCGGCAUCUCAACCUCUGGUGAAGAUGGAAACUCAGCGUCCUGAAUUAAAAUCUGCUGAAUCCAUUGAAAUCAAGGAGGAGGUUGUGACUCUGAGCAUAAAGUCUCCCUCUCCUCCUCUCUCAAUUGUACGAGAGACCAGACUGGUCCUGAAGCCCAUCAUGUCUACUUCUUCCAAUAGGAGGGACCAGUAUGUCCCCUGUAUAAGAGGCAAGCAUGCCCUUGGUGAGCUUGUGCUGGUCGAAAGGCGUCCACGACUGGAAGCGAAGGAAGAAUCUUCUGAAGUCAGUGUAACCCCUCAGGCGGAGGAGGGCUUCAGAUCUACGCCUGAAGCGUCUCCCACUUCCAGGACGUCGCCGGGGUUCCGCAAGAGGAGGAAGAGGAUCAACAGGCAUUGGGCGAACGCGCGGGGAAGACAGUGGAAUGCUGUCACUGCCUCCCCCACUGUCGUCCACAGCCCAUCGUUGACUGUCGCUAUGCAACCAGAGCUGGAUGAUGUAGAAGGCCUGUUGUUUGUUUCAUUCGCCUCAAAGGAAGCUCUUGAGGUUCACAUCAGGGACAAACCAGCCAACAACCCAUCAUUAGCAUCUCCCGUUUCUCUAACAACACCGAUACAGUUGAAACAAACAGUGAAGGUAAUUCCAGAGACUGACGUUGAGAAGAUAGCCGACUUGGAAGCCAUCUUGCUGCAGGACCUCCAAAGUCUCAAACACAGACAGGUCAUCCAUCCUGUGCUGCAGGAAGUGGGCUUGAAGUUGAGCUGCCUAGACCAAAACAAGACCAUCGACCUGCAGUAUCUUGGAGUUCGACUGCCGCUUCCUCCACCAAACCUACCGGAGCAAGGCAACGCCGCAUCUCCCGGUGGUGAUGAGGGGUUACCCUUUAUUUCCCGGACAGGAAAGACAAGCGACAUAACAAAAAUAAAAGGAUGGAAAAACAAGUUCAUCAGAAGCAAUGAAACGUCUCCCUCUAACAGCGAUGGAUCACAAAAGAACCUAUCUGCCUUCUGCAGCAACAUGUUGGACGAGUACUUGGAAAGCGAAGCCCAGAACAUCAGUGAGCGCGCUGCUGCCUUCUCCACAAACCCCGAGGGCUCUGUGGCUUAUCAGCUGCCUGCUAAAAGCUCCAGCUACGUAAAGACCCUGGACAGCGUACUCAAGCAUCGAAAUACCGCUCCCAAAUUGCCAGCAGGGGCCAACAGACCAUGCCCCCUUUCCCACAAACCCCUCCUCUACUCCGCCCUGACGUCACCAGCUCCUCCUUUGGCCAGCACUGCAACCUUUCUUCAAGCAACAUCUCAGUCCGUGCAGCAGUCUGCAUCUUCAUGUACUCAACAAGGAGCUUCUCAUGCUGCUUCUGGGUUUAACGGCAGUAGUUACGUUCCUCAAAAAUUAUCUGCACACCACCCACAGCCACAGCGGGCACACAGACCUCAGGGCUUCACUAAGUUCCAGUUCAGUUUGUUAAAGAUGGAGAUCGGAGCCCAGAAUGAGGGUCUGAGCAGAACAGAGCUGACGCCAGACAGGCUGAAUGUGGCUCUGUCUACAAUUCUGACAAAAGACAUGCUGCCCAGUCAGGUCUUAAAAGUACCCCAGUAUCCAAGGAAUAAGUCUGAGUUACCUGAAUGUGGUCAGGACUUCUGCAGAAUGGGCUGCGUGUGUCUCAGUCUCCAGUGUUCGAACAGAGGUCCCCUCCACUGCCGGCGGCCUGAAUGCAUGUUUGGCUGCGCCUGCUUCAAGCGCAAAAUCAUCAAGCAACUGAACUCGGGGGAGACUGAGGAACGCAUCCAACCGCUUUACUCUAUGACUAAUAUGGAACAUGUGGCCCAGCCUCGCCCGGGCUCCCAUGCUGAUAAACUCUGGAAUCGCAACAGUCCUGAAGAGGAUCCAGAUCCUCUCUACUCGCCUGCAAGUGUUCCUGUGCACGUGGUGCCUAUAAGGGCCCAAAAACGCAGUUUGUGUCGUCCAAUGCAACCGAUUCGAGAAGAGGAUAAAGAUCCAGUGUAUAAAUACUUGGAGAGCAUGAUGACAUGUGCUCGUGUCAGAGAGUUCAACAGCAAGCCUCCUCCUGUACUCACCCUAGAGCCUGAUAUUUCAACACCAAAACCCAAAUCCUCAGCAACACCACAAGAGACGACCACUAAUGGCCAGCCUAAGAAGUACUACAGAACUCUGCUGAAUGCAGAAAAGGCCUCUUACGGGGCUGCAUCAGAGGAAGCAGACGCGAGGAAGCAAAUCGAGAUCCAGUCGGCGUGUCAGUGGAGCAAGGACCGCAAAAGGGUCCUGGAAACUUUGUGUCGACGCAUGAGUCAGAAUAGGCUGUCUCACCGCUUCUCCAUAGGACCUUACCGCAUCCGCCCGGUCGCAAAGAUCUCCAUGCGGAAGCCCAGCGGCUCCCUCAUCACCUACAGGGUACACAUCAGUAAACCGUCAUCAGUCAGUGAUAAUGAUGAAGAUGAACUUGAUGACAGCGAUGAGGAAAGGCAUGCCUAUAAAAGCUUUGAUAUGGACAUGGCUCCAGAAGACGAAGACUGGCAAUUUGAAGAGCCGGGGAUGCCGGUUGGAGUCACACCCUUCCUCAGAGGAGUGUUACCUGCUGGAAAACUUAGGGCCAGGACCAAACCUGUCGGGUGCCAAGCAUAUGGGCUUAUACAGGUUAAUGGCAAAUCCUACAAUCAAGCCAGACUGCUGCUGGGGAACAUGGGAUCUCUCCAUCCAGCCAACCGCCUCGCAGCACACGUCACCGGCCGACUGAACACACCCGCCAACAUUUCUUACAAAAAGGCUGCGGAAUCAGAUGCAGCAAACAAAGUCAACACUCCUGGUCCUCUGUACAUAAAGGCUGCUGGCACAGUAGUCCCUCCAAUUAUAACUGCAAGGAAAACCACUGAGCUGAAGACACCAGCACAACCACCAGUUCAGCCUCCCCUGCCAGACUCUUGCAGAAAGGGAUCCUUCAACUUUCUGCAGCCUUCACAAAACUCCUCCACCAUCAGCUCUGUCCAGAUGUUUGUCUCAACCCAACGCAGCUCCGUCGGCUCUUUCCAGAACAGCAUCACUUCCUCGCCUGUGUCCCUCACGGUCUCGCCUUCGCUGAAAACCCCCAGCUUCUUAGGACAGAGUGGGACUUACUCAUUCAGGAUCUGCCCUCCAGCUAACCAGGCCACCAGUCACCAGAAGUUACCAGGAGUAGCUCUGCCUGGAGGCUUCACCCUCAUUCAGCUGCCUAAGCCGGGCGUUGAUGGAGCCGCACAGCAGUCAGAAUACACAAACACUACAAACACGGCUGCUGUGGCUAAAGCCCUUCUACCAAAAGAUUCUUUAUUUCGCCACUUAGCUGGUUCCAAUGAAAACUUCCUUGGUUUAGACAUACUAGCUAGUGCUAAGGAGCUGUUAAGCAAAGAAACAGUGGAGCCUGAACCCUCCCCCGAGCUGGCGCAUCAUCAGAGGAUGUCCUCGGAAGAGAGAGAGGAAGUCAGCAUCCAGCAGGUGGACUCCACCCUGGACACCACUUCAGAGGACUUAACCUCCGACGACUCAGACUACAGCGGGGAGGGCAACGAAGAUAAUGAGGUUGUGGACAUUGAGACUCUGGAAGAAGUGAGACACGGAGUGACAUUCGCUAAAAUGAAUGAAGAUGCCAGAAGAGCAUCAGAUCAGUCAAGGUACUACAUAAAGUCCAGUGAUGGUUUUGGAUCAGCGAUGGAUCCCAGCAUGAAGGAUUCAGAAUUUGAGUCCAGGUAUAGUAAGCGGCGAACGCACCACUUAGUGACGGAAAGACGAAGACGCGAUACACAGCGGACUCUCUUUGACAAACUCCAGGGCACCCUUCAACCGGAUGUAAAGACCCCCAGGCUGCAGCUCCUCUCAAUGGCCCUAAAAGAAAUCCGAAGUCUGUCGGAGACCUCCAAAUUUCUGGAGGAGAAGAAGAGGAGGCUGACCCAGAUUCAGGCCCUUUAUGUGAAGGAGAUUUCCACUUUGUCUGGGAAGUCAGAGCUGCUGGUGAGACGCAAGCUGACGCAGAUCUAUGACAUGCAGAAAUUGAGAGAGAAGACGAUGAAGUGGAGCCCUUUCUAUUCCCAUCUGCUGCAGUCUAGAGCUGCUCUUCUGCAAGACACUACUCCUAACUCCAACUCCCAGCGCACGCCCAUCCUACAGCCUAGUUUCUUCAUGGCUCCAUCUCAGGUCAGCCCACACACGACUGCAGCCCAGAACCAGAAGAGUGUGGAGAGCACACUCAAGCCCACGCCCCACUCUCAGCCCACAGCGGUGUCCUCUCCAGUCAUUGCACCUCCACCUCAGACCAAGAGCAAGCCAGUCAAUCCUGGAGCCCCAGCCCAAGUCAGAUCGUCCAAUUCACAAACAGAGUGUCAGCCUAAAGUCCCUCCAGACGCAGCCUCAACUACAUCCCCAUCCCCCAAAUCCACAAACACCUCUGCACACCCUCCACAGCCUUUCACUCUGCCUUUGAUUCGCUCCAAGACCGGCAGAAUCAUACUUCCCUCAUCAAUGAGACCAACUUGUCAGGGCUUCUAUACGCUAAUGCUUAUGAAUUCCAAACUCAAAGAAGACGGUGGUGAGGUAAACGUGCAGCCAUCUGAUGUGGAAUCAUCCAAGAGUGGAGAGAAGAGUCUCUCUGAAUCCAACCAACCAGACUCAGAGAGCAGUCGUGCUUUGGAGGAGGACAAAACGGUGCAAUCCUCAGACACGUGUUCAGGUGUGAAACCCCCCCUAGCUGAGCUCGCCCUCCUAAACAAAUCAAUCUAUGUGCCUUCGGUGGCUCUGAAAGCUCUGGAGAAGAGCCAGGACGGGGGAGCACGUUUGGGUGUGAAUAAUGGAGCUGCUCGCUUGAGUUUUAACUGUAUGAAACCUGUUCAUACAAGUGUUGAGCCGGAACCUGAUGUCAGCCCAACUGUAGGCCGUCGUGGCAGAGGCAGGCCUCGAAAGUCAAGCGGUUCCCCCGCAAGUGAAAAUGGGAAACACACUGAGGUAGAGGAAACCACCGAAAGUGUCGUGAAAACUGAAAAAGUUAUUCCAGUUAUUCAAGAGGGGCGAAGGGAAUUGAGUCGUUUGAGAAGGGUCAAGAACAGCCCGGGAGUGGUUAAAGAAAGCCCAGUGCUGGUCAAACGAGGCAGGGGAAGGCCUCCGAGGUCGGCGCUGCUCCGAAGCCCUCAUGGCGGAGCAGGAAAUAGCCCAUCUAAUCCCAACAAGGACAGCCCUUUCAGACUCCCUCGCGGCGUUAAAAGCCCUAACACUAAACCCAAGGAAAGCUCCACCUCGCCCGGAGAUAGGAACAAAUCUCGACCUAUGACCCGAGGCGCUUUAGGAAAGGACUUCCCCAGCGCCAAGAAGCGCUCCUGGAUAGACGUCGAAAAGGAACUGGAACCAGAUGUUGAAUCUGAAUAGUCCUCGUGUAUCUUCCUGAAAGCCAAUGCACACAGUCACGUGACCUCAGUUAGUGUCGCAGCUUGAUGCUGCUUCUUUUCUGUACAUGUUGGCACAAAACUCAGUGGACUGUUGUUUUGUUUUUCAUACUACAGAGAAAAAGCUGUUUUCUUUUUCUUUUUUUUUUUUGGGUACAAAGAAUAUGAAAAGAAUCAUUUAUUGACCUGCUGAAUGUACGAACAUGAUGGAAAUUAACUCCCACAUUCAGUUUAGAUCUUGCGUGUUCUCAUGUACGUUUGCUUCUAUUUGCUCAUUUGUUCUGUUUAUCAUCACUUACAUUCAUGUUUUCUUGUCAGAAACAGGAGAUUUAUUCCAACUGUGUGUGUGUGUGUAGUCAUUUAUCACUGAUCUGUCAUAUGCAAAUGAAUUAAACAGUACAGAUUACGUUCAGCCUUAAAGGGUACAAAUGAUCUGUGUCUUGAUCUGAUUGUACACUGCUUCAUUAACUCUGUGAAAUGUAAAUGUUAACUUAUGUCUUAUUUUUAUUGAGAGGUAGUUUGAUGCAUUCUACCUUUUUUUUUUUUUUUUGUUUUACUAACUCAGUGAAUCAUCGUAGUAGCACUUUAUGUUUUUUUUUUUUUUGGUAGAAACCACACCCAUGAUAUGUCUGAUGUCUCUGCUUUUGGUCUGUGUAGUGAGCGAGAGGGGAGUUAGUCGAGUAAUAUGCACAUAAACCUGAGGUGUCACAAGCAAUCAAGGUAAAAAGCUAUUAGCCAUAUGCUGUGUUUAUGGAAAUAACCUCUAAAAAAAUAUUGUAUUUCUUUUUUUCUUUUCUUGUUUUAAUGCCAAUACAUUUAUUUACUUUGUGUGUGAUUUUUUUUUUUUUUUUCUGGAAAACACUGGUUGUCCUGUUACUUCAGUUUAAAAAUGUGAAAAAAAAAUCAUGUGACCCUUUAAAAUCAAUAAAAACAACUACAUGGAUAUAUGAUGACACCCUCCAGUCGCUCAGCAACAAAGGUGUUGUGAAUCAGUUUCAUGUUUGUGAGAAUUCAGCUGUUUUCUUGAUUUCGGUUAAGACUGCACACAGAAAUUAAACAAAUCCUAUCAAGUGUGAUUCACAAUUAGUUCGAAUUAUCAUUUUUGCAUGUUUUUAAUUUAAAAUUUCACAGAAAGAAAACAAAGAAAUCACAUUGAUUUAUGCUAAAUAACACCUAAAAACAGAUUGCUCUCUUGUGAUUUGGAUGUUGCACUCACACACGUUGGAUGAAUCUCACAGCCGUGGUUGUUUUUACAACACGCUCAGUUAACCUCAACAGAACGUAUCACUGCUGCAGCUGCGUUAUCAUGGCAACAGUCAACUGUCCUAACUGACGGCAGUUACAGCAGCCGGUCCGUUUUAAUGAAUUACUUAACUUUCACAUUCCACCACAAAUAAAGUGGAUUCAGAGCAAAACAACAGUAAAGGAACGGUUUCCCUUAUACUGCAAAAACACGAGAGGAAAUUUUAUAUGUGAGAUUUUCAAGUUUUCAGUUUUGUAAACCACUAAUUCUUAUUUUUCAGAUGUUUGAUUCCCCUUUAACCUUUGGCCUUGCUAUUCAAUAUCUGGCAUUAAAGAGGUCAUAUUGUG